CCGGCCUGGCAGACAGCCGGGGCAGGCUCGAAUGCAGGAAGGAAAGGGGCUGGCAGCUGGAUUUCUAGGAGUGAAACAGGGCGCAGGGGCAAUUUAGAGCCAGCAUCAAGAACGUGGUCAUGGGAAAGUCAGCUUCCAAACAAUUUGCUGAAGAGGUCUUAAAAACCCACAAUGACUACAGAAAAAAGCAUGGAGUUCCCCCACUAAAGAUUUGUAAGGCGUUAAACAAUGGAGCACAACAGUAUGCAGAAGCAUUGGCUAGCACAAGAGUCCUCAAACACAGCCCUGAAUCUGCUAAUGGAAAAUGUGGAGAAAACCUAGCAUGGGCUUCCUAUGAUCAGCCAGGAAAGGAAGUAGCUGACAGAUGGUACAGUGAAAUAAAAAAUUACAACUUUCAAAAUCCAGGGUUUUCUUCAGGAACAGGUCACUUUACAGCUAUGAUUUGGAAGAACACAAAGAAGAUGGGAGUUGGAAAAGCCACAGCAAGCGAUGGCUCCACGUUUGUGGUGGCCAGGUACGACCCACCUGGAAACGUAGUAAACCCUGGUUACUAUGAACAAAAUGUUCUUCCUCCAAAGAAAUAAUGAUAAAAUUUAUAGUCUUACUGAUUAAUGGAAAAUGAAGUUGUGGACUGGGAUCUUUAAAUUUGAAUGCAAUCAAAUGAUAGUCCAUAUUUGAUACUAACUUUUACCUGUAACUACGGAAACAGCAAUACAUAUAUGGUAUCUGAGUUAGUGUGUACAGUAGACCUACACAGGUUAUGAAGUGUGUUCCUGUUCUGAAUCAACUCAUUUGAGAAAUAUAAAAGCAUGGGUAAGUACAAAUUCCAAGGUUUUAAUUGUGCAAAGCAGGAAAAAGGUAUUGGAUUAUAUGGAUUAUUAAUGGGUUUGAGUGAAUUCUGUGUGUGGCUUAUUAUAUCAAACACAUUUAUAUUUUUAACAUUUGUUUAAAACUGAAAGCAAAACUUUUUUUUGUACUUUAAGGAGUUCUGAUUUUCCACUAUUUCUUAAUGGGAAAGUCAGUCAUUUGUUUCCACCUGUAUGGCAUGUUGUUUUGGUCCACUCCUGCAGUUGUGACGUGUGUUCUUGACUUCAGGAUGUUACAUGUGUUAGGAUGGUGCAAAUCAGAGUCAUACAUUUCUACCAACAGAAAAAAAAUCUUGCUGAAUGUUAUCGAAAAUCCAGUAGAGCAAACCUGUAAUUGAUGUGUCAUACAACAGCUGUAAAAAAUGUUUCUAUUCAAUUGGGAGACUAAAAUUUAAUAGUUAAAUACAUUUUCAAAUGGAAUGUAUCUCCCAUGCUAAAAUUAUUUGUUAAAUUUUACAGUAUAUAGAUUGCCUUAGCACAGUUUGCACUGGGGAUGGAUAUUCAGCAAAGAUAUAUUAUUUCCAUUACAGAAAAAACAAGCACUCCCCUUUCUUUAGUUUUCUGUGGUCCUCCUUUCUAAUUUUACUGAAUGAUCCCAAAGAGAUGCCUUUUCAAACCAUGACAAGAUGAACGGAAGAGGUAUUAGCUUAGUUAUAAUUGGUUUGGGCUACUCAUGAGUUCAGAUAGCUUGGGGUUGUUCAGGAACUUGACUGAAGGCCAUAUUUUCCCCCAUGCAGAGGGAACAAGACUUCUUAGCUUACUGAUGGCAACUGGAAGAAAAAUUUCAGCUUGUACUUUUAUUCUGUGAAUUCAUUAUUACUUCCAGCUGAAUUUCUGCUGCAGGUAUCUUAUUUUACAGGCAAAAACAGUCCAGUAUCUUACUCCGUCUCCUUGGAAACUCAACUGCGGUUGCCAGUUGAGUAUCUGUGAACUAAGAUUUUGGUCCAUAGAGCUUACUUUGAGUUUGCAACUUUCAGUAGUAACACAAUAUCUAUAUGGAUAUAUAGAAACAACCCAGGUUUAAUUUACUUUUUUAAAACUUGCAUUUUUCCUAUCUGUAUAAAGUAGGGACUGGUGUUUGCUACCCCAGAAGUAAAAGACCAAGUCUUGGUAGUUUUCCUCAUACUGAGUCUAGCUCUGCCUUGUAGAUAUUCCCUUCAGUGGGAUUCGAUAGGUCAGAAUUUGGUCCAUGGAAAGUACUGAGAUGGAAAGGUUUUUGUUUACACAAUUUUGGUAUAUUAGAUUUCUACAGCUUGAUUUAUAUGUCACUGUGGUACUGUAUGUCAGCUGUUUUUUGCUGUAACACAAGAAUGUAAUGCACAUAAUGAAAAUUUGAAGAUUAAAAUAAAUAUUUUCAUAUGAA